CAGGACGCGUCACCUGCAGAGCACCUGUACUUGCUUUCAACAACCAUGUUUCGCAACACCUAUGAUUCUGACAACACCGUUUUCUCGCCACAAGGCCGUCUACAUCAAGUCGAGUAUGCGCUUGAAGCGGUUAAGCAAGGUUCUGCCGCGGUAGGACUGAGAUCUAAAACCCAUUCGAUCUUAUUGGCCUUGAAGCGAUCUUCUGGAGAGCUUGCCUCGUAUCAGCAGAAAAUGUUUCGAAUAGAUGAUCACGUUGGAAUUGCUAUCGCUGGGCUGACAUCGGAUGCGCGUGUAUUGAGUAACUUCAUGCGGCAACAAGCAAUGUCAUCAAAGAUGGUCUUCAACAGACCGAUACCCGUCAACCGUCUGGUGUCUUCCAUUGCUGACAAGGCACAAGUGAACACGCAAGAAUACGGAAGACGUCCCUACGGUGUUGGAUUCCUGGUUAUUGGCCAAGAUCAGUCCGGUCCCCAUCUUUACGAGUUCUCCCCUUCAGGAAGCGCGUAUGAAUAUUACGCCAUGUCCAUUGGUGCAAGAAGUCAGAGCGCCAAAACAUAUCUGGAAAAAUAUUAUGAGAGUUUCGAUGACUGCUCACUAGAAGAACUCAUCACACACGGUCUACACGCUCUCCGUGAGACUCUACAGCAGGACAAGGCCCUCAAUGUCAAUAACACCUCGAUCGGCAUUUUGGGACCAGCAAGCCAGCAUGAGACCAGUGUUCCCUCUGGUGGGGGCUUCCGUAUCCUUGAAGGGGAGAUAUUGCAACCGUUUUUGGAUACCAUGGUACCAAAGGAAACUUCUGCGGCACCUGCAACUACCUCAUCAGACGACGAUGUACAAAUGCAAGAAUAGAUAGGAUGAUUCGUGUACUUUCUCACCCUCAAUCCCCAUCUGUUCAUUGGCAUCGAACUAUUAUUGAACAAAAACUCAUUAAGUC